CAUGAUUACUUGUCCAGAAACUCAUUGUUCGAUCAAGUUUUGCAUCCAUUUGAACUUUUGCAGUAUCCAUGUUCAGAGAACUUCAAAUGGCGAGAGAGCUUAAAACUUCAUCAACUACUAUAUUUCUCAAACUUAUUAUCAAGUUUACGUUUCGAGAGUUGAGAGGGCUAUAACCUCCCUGCUAUUAAAUGUGGCUCCAUCACUGAGUUGUGUCAUACAUGAUUAUUUUCGUAGACGACUUCUCCCACCUCGACCACUCAUUGUGUUAUUGAUCGGGGUAGUUGUUCCAUCACGAGUUGAUUGACUACAAAUUUUUUUAUUUUUGUUAUUAGAAUCGAUCUUCUUGUGAUAUAGGUUCCCGCCUUGGUAUUUAGAGGAUAUCCUAUUUGAGUAGUUAACAAAAAACCAGAUUAAGCAUAAAUAUCAACGCCCAAUAAUAAAGUCGGGCUAAAUUGAUCAUUUGGAAGUUUGGAUGUUUGAAUAUAAUUGUUUUUUUCCCGGAAAUUUGGAUUAUAAUUUGUUACCAUGGAUACAAGUAAAGAAAAAAAGAAAAGCAGAGUCUACGGACGCGCGGCAAUGCCAAUGUUCCGCAACGAACUCGAUGCUACAAGACGAAGGCCUCUGUUUUCUUGCAAACACAAGAUCUGAUAACGAAGGCAGACAAGUAAUAAUCAAAGCCCAAAAUGAAAAGGGAAAAAGAUAAAGAACUAUUCUAUUUCACCUGAAAAUUUGUCAGUGGACUGUGGCGGUAGUGGAUUCAUUUGUGAUCCGAAAUCCCGCUGCUCCGAAGAAGCUUCUCUGCUGUCCGCAGCCGCCAGCAAGCAACAAAACUCACUCUCCUCUCCUCUCUUCUUCUACAUCUUCUUCCAUUCCAACCUAUAUUUAAAACACUCUGUUUCACUCCAGCUGACUUUACUUCAGUACUCAACUUCCUCCUUUCCCUCUCCCUCUCCCUCACUACCUUUGAGAAUAGCUUUCCAUCUUCUACUCUUUCUUUCAUCGAUCAAAAACUCCAUCUGGGUCUCUGCGAUUUCCCUUCUCACUGGUUGAAUUCAAUUCCCCUGCUGCGUUUCUUAAAAAUUUUGGAGCUUCAGAGAAGAAAAGGGCUCUUCCUUUACUCCCUAAUUUGUUGGUUGGGGAAAUUUGGGCUUUACUUUUUCACUCCACAUUGCGCUGUCUGUUCUUGGGUUCGUUUUUGCUCUGAGAGAUCUUUAGGGGGUGAGCUGGUUUUCCCCUUUCCUCGCGUUUUCUCGUUCUGUUUCCCUUCUUUCUCGUUCUGUUUCGUUGAGAAAUUGUUUGGAAUAUUCAUCUUUUUUCACAAAAAAAUUGUUCCAUUUGUCUAAAAUAGCUGAUGGGUACUUUGUUCUCUUCACCUUAGUCAUGGAUUCCCUUCCAUUUCUCCGCCUGAGGACAAAUUCACCCACCUUACUCAUCCUCUGAAUUUCACCUGCAGGCAACCACCCGGCUGUUACUUCCUCCUUCCCAACCAUGAUGAGAGACUUCGGGAUAAUGAAUUCCCGGAGAAAACAAACGGAAAAUUGUUUGGAUUCGCAGUUCUGGCACGCCUGCGCCGGCGGGAUGGUCCAAAUGCCGCCGUUGAACUCCAAAGUCUACUACUUUCCUCAGGGACACGCCGAGCAUGCACAUGCCAAUGGAGUCGAUUUCGGCCCUCACCUCCAAAUCCCAGCCAUGGUCCCCUGCGAGGUCUCUGCCAUCAAUUACAUGGCAGAUCCCGAAACCGACGAGGUAUUUGCUAAAAUCAGGCUAAACCCAUCUGUCACAAACGCCGAUUUGGCGACAUUUGGAGAUGAUGGUGAUGAUGGUUUGUUCGGUGGGGUUAAUAAUAGUGACUCCUCUCAAGAAAAGCCCGCUUCUUUUGCUAAAACCCUAACUCAAUCUGAUGCAAAUAACGGCGGGGGAUUCUCUGUGCCUCGAUAUUGUGCUGAGACCAUAUUUCCAAGGCUGGAUUACAAUGCUGAACCUCCUGUGCAGACCAUUCUAGCUAAGGAUGUUCAUGGCCAGAUUUGGAAGUUCAGGCAUAUCUAUAGAGGAACCCCUAGAAGGCAUCUGUUGACCACUGGAUGGAGUAAUUUUGUGAAUCAAAAGAAGCUUGUGGUUGGGGAUUCCAUUGUGUUUCUGAGGGCGGACAAUGGCGAUCUCUGCGUGGGGAUUCGACGUGCUAAGCGAGGGAUCGGAGGUGGGAAUGAGUGUCAAUCAUCAUCCGGGUGGAAUACCUAUGGAGGGUAUCCAGGGUUUAUGAGGGAGAAUGACUGUAACAAGUUGAGUAAUGAGCAGGUGAAAGGUAAAAUUAGUCCUCAGUCGGUUGUUGAGGCUGCUACUCUUGCUGCCAAGGGACAGCCCUUCGAGGUUGUGUACUAUCCCAGUGGGAAUUCGCCCGAGUUUUGUGUUAGAGCUUCCGCGGUUAGAGCUGCGAUGCGGAUUCAGUGGUAUUCUGGAAUGCGGUUUAAGAUGCCCUUCGAGACCGAGGAUUCGUCGAGGAUUAGCUGGUUUAUGGGUACCAUAUCUGCUGUUCAAGUUGCUGAGCCCAUUCGGUGGCCGAAUUCGCCAUGGCGCCUUCUACAGGUAGCAUGGGAUGAGCCCGAGUUGCUUCAAAAUGUGAAGCGUGUUAACCCAUGGUUGGUUGAAUUAGUCUCCCACAUGUCAGCCAUUCACCACCUUGCAGUACCCUUCUCGCCGCCAAGAAAGAAGCCGAGAUUCAUACAGACUCCAGAUGAUUUCUCCAUGAUGAUGGGCCACUUUCCUCUGCUGCCAUCAUUUACCCCCGGGAACUCGAUUAUGCCAAACAGUCCCUUCUUUUGUGUCCCAAACAACAACAUUCCUGCAGGCAUACAGGGAGCCAGGCAUCCGCAAUUCGACAUGUCCUCUUCUUCUCCUUCAGAUCUCCGCUUCAACAAGCAGCUGCAGAUGGGUUCGCUACCUUUCGAAUCUCAGCAGCGACUUGAUGGAGUUGCAACAGGUUCAAAGAUUCCCUUCACACCAGCCAAGACCGAUAGCGACGAUGACAAUGUAUCUUGCCUGCUCACAAUGGGAAGCACCCAAUAUACCAGUAGUCCGAAGGAAACAACAAAGACUUCUCCUCACAUUUUCUUGUUUGGUCAGCUCAUUCUACCUGAUCGCCUGGGUUCUAAUCAUAGCUGCUCCGACGAGUCAAAUUGCAACAGUGCCUCUGUCAGUAAUGCAGAGAAGAUGACCACGAAUGUCUCGGAGGCUUCUGGUUCUUCGGUGUACCAGAAUGCCCCCCUGGAGAAUUCCUCUGACACAGGGUCUGCUCCUUGCGAGUUCUCGAAGAUGGGGAGAAAGCCAGCGAAUUUGGGGUCGACAUCUUAGGAAAUCAGGGGAAGAGAAGGACUGUAGGAGGAAGAGGAGGGAUUGUCCAAUGAGUCUCUCAAAAUGUACAUUAUAAAAUGCUGAAAAUCUCAAGCUUUUUUCUUUGGCAUAUUCUUGGCCAUGACUCUGCUUUAGCCAUGAGCAUGAGAUGUGAUGAGGAUUCAACUUAAAGACUCCAUAUUAUAUAUCUGCUUAAUUUCAUCCUACCAUAUUAAUUCAGACGAAUUCGAUCUCAGAUCGCUCUCCACGAUUCGAAUACUCCAACGAGCAUCUACCCUCGAACUCUUUUUUAAGUUCUGCAGUAGCCUAGCUCCUAUAUUCAACGAGGUUCAGAAUAUCAAUUCUUGACACAGAGUUGUGAAACCUCAAAAGAUCUAAGAUCUGGCUAAAGUCAACGGUAGUUAAUUCAUGUCAUAAACUUGGAGCUCCGAAAACAAAACAACCACACUACACUAGCAAUUAACAUGGACUUCCAACAAGAAAACCGAAUUUGCUGGCGCAAAAAAGGUUGUGCUGAGGCAGCUGUAGAUUUGUGAAUUCCUUGUAUCGGGAUUUUCAAACAUGUUAAGCCAGGCAACACAAUAGUAUUAUGUUAUUUACUGUCUGACUAUCAGCUCCUCCAUUGCAGAUCUGUAGACUUGAGAUAGUCAAAACUAGCAAAAGUCGCACCCUCUCUCUCUCUCUCUCUCUCUCUCUCUCUCUCUGGUUUCUGUUAACCGACCUGAUAUUUAUAUAUGGUAUUCAAAGGGAGAGAGAAGGAGUGGAAGUGGGGGACAGAGAUUCGCAAGUCAUGGGUCAUAUGACAUUGUUUUUUGUUUCCAUCGUCACCUUGAUCAAGAUGGUCAAACUGCAUGGUGUCACAUGAUAAGGAUUCUGGUAUUGAUUUUCCACUUUCCCGGGAUUAGACUUCUACUAACUCGAUUUGAUUACUUGUUUGAUUUCACAUAUCCUUAUCUUCGGCCUGGUUUCAAUUUGGCCAUGAUGCUCAGUUUGUUCACACCUUUUUUUGUGAGAAACUCUUCACAUUAUUUCUUUUCUUAUCUUUCAUUAUAUGUUAAUAGUUAUGAGAAAAUGUGUUAUGUUGAUUGUCCUUGAAUUGCUUCUCCUUUUGGUUUCUAUGUAUGGUGUGUUCGGAAUGAUAACAUCUGUACGGGUUUGGUUGCGGCAAUCAAUGAGAUUAUUCAGAUGAUCUUUACAUAAGAUAGGAGAGAAUGUCACACGUUAGCACUGUCAAGAACCAGUUGAUCCCAAUAACUCUGAGUUGUUGGGAGAGGUUUAAUCGUGGAUCAUAUACCACAACACUAACACGCCCCCUCAAACGAAAGUCACUCACAAGGGCUUGAAGUUUGCACAGGUCUGAAGACAAGAAUACCAUGUGCUUAACAAAUGGGGGUCCUCGGGAAUCGAACACAAGACCUUUCGGUCACAGAAGGCUCUGAUACCAUGUCAAGAACCAGUUGGUCUCAAUAACUCGAGUAGUUGGGAGAAGGUUAUGCUGGAUCUUAUACCACUCAUACCAUGUCAAGAACCAGUUGAUCCCAAUAACUCGAGUUGUUGGGAGAUGUUCAACCGUGGAUCAUAUCCCACAACACUAACAAGCACAAUCAAGGAGCACAUUUAUACAUGGGGAAUUGCAGUGCUGCUCCGGCGCUAAGGCGUGGACGUGGGGUGGAGAUAGAGACCGUAGGAGUUGGCCACAAUUAGCUUCCACGAAUCCGCCAUUUCGUUUUCCCUUCGAGCAGUCACCGAAGGGGUUGUGCGAGAUUCGCAGGGCUGCUUGUUGGGUGCUUAUGCCAUGAACCUGGGGAGCUGUUCCAUCAGAAGAGUCGAACUCAGAGGCGCGAUCGAAGAACUAGCGAUGAGUUGGCACCCAGGCAUAGAAAGGGGAAGCACAGUUCAACUCAACCGCUACGUACGACGACCCUUCUUCAAAGCAGGGAUGACCCUGAUCAUCAACAUGCCUACCCUCGUUCGCCAUUUUCGCUCCCUUUCUGUGCGUGAUUGAAAUUUUUAGGUUAAAUACACUUGUAUAUCCAAAACUUUCACGGUUGUGCCAAUAAUAUCCAAAUUUUCCGAAAUACACUUAUAUCCAAUUCUUUCACAUUCUUUAACGGUGUUUUUGGAUAUACAAGUGUAUUUAAUCAAAAAUAUAUUGGGAAUGGAUAGAUUUUGCAAAGAACAACUUUAAAACAUGGAUAUAAGUGGUAUUUCAGAAAAUUUGGAUAUUAUUGACACAACCAUUAGAGUUUUGGAUAUACAAGUGUAUUAAACCAAAUUUUUAUUUCAUUCAUAUUUAUAAAGAAGACAACUGUUUAUGCAACUAUUUAGCUCAUAUGAGUAUGUCCCUACCACUAGGUACCCUUGAUAUUUCUUUGUUUGAUUGACAUUAAAGAUUAAGUCAUGUACGAGAUGUUUGGAGGGACUAUACCUCAACAAAUUUUAUUUUAAGGUAGUGAAUGUAACUCCUAUGGACCCAUUUUCGAUUAAAAAAAAUAAGAGAGGGUUGGUGAUAAGAUUGAUAAUCGGUUCGGUUAUAAUCGGAACUGUUUAGAUGGUUUUCGGUUAACCGUUAAGCACUUUGUGCUUACCGUUAAAUGCAUCGUUUAAAUUAGUCAAUUUACUGUAAUCGUAUAGUCGGUUCUCGGUUAACCAAAUAACCAUUAACCAAGUGAUUCGACAAGGUUAUACCAAAAUAACUUAUCAAUAAGCUAACCAAUACACAAUACAUACUUCUUUCAAUUGUGAAAAUUUCUAUAAUUUACAUACAUAUGCACGUGUUCUUUUCUUAAGUUUUUAUCAAUGAAUAAAAAAUAAUUUACAUA